UUCAGAAGGACGCUGCAAAUUUAUAAAGUUCAAGAACACUCUGUGUGACUGAGAUAUAUCCAUCGACUAAGGGGAUCUACAUUGCCAUUUACGCACUUUAAUGUCCUUAGAAUCUGCAUUAGCCACCGACAACAACCGUCUUGUCUCGCACCUGUCGCCUGGCAGGGGAAGAGAUGUAUCGCUUUCCCCUACAAACACUGGUGGCCAGUUGCGCUCCAUAUCUCGUGGUCGUACAAGGGGUCGCUCCUCUAGCCGUAGGCCUAAUGGUUCGAGGGCCGCGAGCCAGAACGAGGAGACGAACUACCGCUGGUCGGUUUUAACACAUGACCCCUUUGAAAGGUUUGAAGGGAAGAGUAUAAGACCGGAUGGCACUCCGAACCCUGAGGACGACUACAGUGAUGAAGAGCAAAUUAGCGACGAUGAGGCCGAUUUCGACUUUGACGUUAAUGAGAUGAAACUCCCGAACUUUGGUUGCUCCAUUAACGAUUACUACAAGAGGAGAUCAAGCACGAUAAAGUCAACAGCGGCUGCACUGGAGCGUUUAUCCAUUGAUGAACAGAACAGACAGAAUUUGCUGAGAAAGAAAGAAGAGAUGGAGAAACUUAGCGAGGCGCUAGCCUUGGAGAAGGGUCUUGAUGAUGCCAAAAUAGUUGGUAACAGUGUGCCAGAAGGAAUGGCGGAGUCGAUUCAUGAGAAAUUGCGAGAGCUGGGCAUUGUGCAUCCCCACGACGUUAAGGCCGAGGAGCUAGUCAAGUUGCAAAACAGAAAGAACAAGACUCUUGACGAUUACAAGAAGUAUAUCAUUGAACAUUCAGGAAAGACUGCUGAUUCAGGACCUUCGUCAGAAUCAAACAAGAACAUUGUGAAGAGCAAGUUGGAAGUUAACAAUGACAACCCGAGAGUUUCAAGAAGCUUGACAGUUGGCGAUUUCUUCAACACAGAAAAGACACCGAAGGAUAUCAACACAUACAUUGUUUAUAUGGAUAUGAGUGUGGACUCUCUGAUGGCUCUUCAAUACACAAUUGGAUCUACGGCGAGCUCCGGAGACGUUAUUUAUAUUAUCAACUGCUCCACAGAUAAGUUUGCACAGAUGGAGUUCUACGAGAAACAAGUUGAUACCUUGACUGGAUAUGCUGAGAGCUGUCUAAACUUGCUCUCCGAUCCAGAAUUCAAAUUGCACAUUGUCAUCGAGAGCACGUACAGACCAUUCACAAAACAUUUUGUCAACCAGUUAGUUGGGUUCUUGAAGCCUUCUUUGUUUGUCAUUGCAUACCAAGUGCUUAUCACCACCGACAAGUUGGCGAACUACAUCACUGCUUGUCCUUUCCAAGUUAUAAAAAGAAAGAGCAGACGGAGAUCAGUUGGAUAUUGAACAGUCUGCAUGUGUCAUGAUUCACACUUUGUUACUCAAUCCAGACUCUUUACUUCAACUACUUUUGUACAUGAGAUAAUAUGUUGUUUUUACAUCAUGUUUUAGUAUUUACAGAGCCAACAUGUUUAUGCCAGAUAUUAUACACAGAUGAUCCAAGUUAUUUCAUUUCACCAGAUAG